AUGUCCUUCAUCGGGACCCACGAGUAUUUAGCCCCAGAAAUCGUGACAGGAGAAGGCCAUCGCAAUGCAGUGGAUUGGUGGACAUUAGGGAUCUUUAUUUACGAACUCUUCUAUGGGAUGACACCAUUUAAGGAAGCCAACAAUGAAUUAACCCUAGCAAACAUUGUGGCUCUGGGGCUCGAAUUCCCCAAGGAGCCAGUGGUGGCACCCUCGGCUAAGAAUUUGAUAAGCCAACUCUUGAACAGGGAUCCCAACAAGAGAAUGGGGUUUAUGAUGGGUGCUGCGGCAAUCAAGCACCACCCUUUCUUUCAUGGGGUGAAUUGGGCAGUUUUGAGAUGCACAAAACCACCAUAUAUCCCCCGACCCUUCAAUUUUAGGGGCAUUGUUUCAUCUAAUUAUGAAAAUUGUGAUGUUAAUGUAGAUUAUUAUUAG